GUAGCCUUUCCUGGAUACAUAAGCAGCAUACGCUGUGGAGCUCAGCAGCAGUGUGCAAUAGUGUCGAAGACGCCUUCAGUCUGUAUAGUUAAUUUAAAAAGUUACCCCUGCCACAGUAAGAUUGUAUUUAAAGAAGGUAUUUGUUCUGUGAGUGUAGUUUUUGGGUAACCUUCAGCGCGCACGAUGGCUGAGAAGAUUGACAUGGAGGACGCGAAGGGAUCCAACGGCGGAGCGCACCUCGAUGAGCCGGUGUCCAACGGACCGACUUGCCUGACGAAGAGCCCAGAGCCGAUGUCAACGAGGGUGAAGAGGAUAGUGAUGGCUAACCUACUUGUUAUCCUCACCGUGGCCGGGGUCAUCGUCGGGGUUUUUAUUGGACUUGGUGUGCGCAACGUUACGCUUACCAGGACCCAGAUCAUCUACAUAGGGUUUCCCGGUGAGUUGCUCAUCCGGCUCCUGAAGAUGAUUAUCAUCCCCCUGGUGGUGUGCAGUCUAGUGUCCGGGGCUGCCAGCAUCGACCCUAAAGCCCUGGGCAAACUUGGCGGCUGGGCUAUGCUUUUCUUCCUGGUCACUACCCUAAUAGCGUCGUCUAUUGGGGUUGUGAUGGCUUUCAUUCUCACCCCUGGCGCCGUGACAAUAACCACGCCAAAGGUGGCAAGCAUGGAUGACAGCGUGCCUGAACCUAAAGAAGUUAUAGACUCCUUCUUGGAUUUGAUAAGAAACAUCUUCCCCUCCAAUCUGGUGUCUGCCGCCUUUCAAUCAUAUGCAACCAGCUACAAGCUGGUCACCAAAAAUAGCACAGACGGAAACCUGACCAUCACAGCGGAGAAGGUGCCCUUUGGAACAGACCAGGAUGGUAUGAAUAUCCUAGGUCUGGUAGUGUUUGCCAUUGUGUUUGGAAUAGCUUUAAGGAAACUGGGAGAAGAGGGAGAGAUCCUCAUCAAGUUCUUCAACUCCUUCAACGAGGCCACCAUGGUGCUGGUCUCUUGGAUCAUGUGGUAUGCCCCUCUUGGUAUCAUGUUCCUUGUUGCUGGCAAGAUCGUGGAGAUGGAAGACGUCGGCACUCUGUUUGCCAGUCUAGGAAAAUAUAUUGCUUGUUGCAUCAUUGGACACGCUGUCCAUGGCUUACUAGUGCUGCCAGCUAUCUAUUUUAUAAUUACGAGGAAGAACCCAUACACCUUCCUCUGGGGGAUAUUCACAGCUCUGGCAACAGCCUUCGGAACAAGCUCCAGCUCUGCCACUCUGCCCCUGAUGAUGAAGUGCGUGGAGGAAAAUAACGGCGUCUCCAAGCACAUCAGCCGUUUCAUCCUGCCCAUCGGGGCGACGGUCAACAUGGACGGCGCCGCUCUCUUCCAGUGCGUGGCUGCCGUUUUCAUCGCUCAGCUGAACAAUGUCUCCCUCAACUUCAUCCAGGUCUUCACCAUCCUUGUGACAGCAACAGCAUCCAGUGUUGGAGCUGCAGGUAUACCUGCUGGAGGUGUGUUGACCCUCGCUAUCAUCCUGGAGGCUGUCGGACUGCCCACCAAUGACAUCUCUCUUAUCCUGGCGGUCGAUUGGCUUGUUGACCGUACCUGCACAAUACUGAAUGUAGAGGGUGAUGCCUUCGGAGCUGGGCUCCUGCAGUUCUUCGUAGAUCGUACCGCCAAACAAGAAGAGGGAACAGAGCUAAGCGACGUCAGGUUGGAGGGUGAACCAUCAACCUCAGCCCCCGAGCACUCACCGCUCAUCGAGAAGCGAGGCGGAAAUGGCAGCGCAGAUGCUCCGAAGACAGUUCUCUCUGAGUCUGUCAUGUAAUCCAGCUGCUGACUCCCAUCAACAAUCUGACACUCCUACCAGCCAAAACCUGAGGUACAAGCUCCAUUUUAAACCCAGAAACCCAGAAAAGGGUGCAUUAAGAGGGGAUGAACAUGGACACUCCACAAACAGUGCAAAGAAACACCCUCUGUCGUCAAAACUUUUCUGGGUUGGAAGAAAAACAAAUGAAGGAGAUAUUCAAAUCCAUAUUAUUUGCAGUAACUGGUGAUAGGUUUGGUUGAUCCUUGCCGAUUUUAAAGUCAGAAUUCAAUCAUGUCAAAAGUCAGUUUAUUAUGUUAUGUGUAUAUACGUCCACUAGGUUGUCAAAUAGCUUGACUAGAUCAGUAUAAAUCAGCAUUAAUGAUAGGUGAUGUGUUACAAACACAUGUAAACACUAUGUUACAUCCAAAUACAGAGAAGAAGCUUAAGUUACAUGGAUAUUUUCACCUAUGGGCACUCUGUUACCACACAUAGACUCUCAUUACUAUCAAAACUCAACAACUAAGGCACCAGUGAAACAAAUAAGCCUGAUUUUUUGUUUUACAUUCUUCCUCUGAAAUCCGUUCACUUUUUAAUGUCUGUUACUUCAUUUUUGUUCUUGUUUUUUUUGCUUUUGCUCAGCGGCGUCAGAUUUGAUGUCAUCACACAUUAUCAUUGGAAUUUUCAUGCAGGUUUGAUCUAUGGAUCUUGCCUAUGAUUGGACGUUAGUUUAAGCAUAUAUGCAUGAAAAUGGCUGUGAUAGUGUGAGUAUGUGAAGAUACUUUUCCACCACAAAAACUUCUCCCAGGGACAGGGAACUUUUAAAAGAACUCAGUGCUUUUCCACCAUUGGGACCAGGGAUUUAAUUAAGUCCCAGGGUCUUAUUAUAAAGGUCUCUGCCUUAGAGGGUAGUACUUUACGGGCUACCACAAGUAUAGGGACUUCAGGGUUGGCCUUCCUCUGCCCAUCAUUUCUGAUGAGUGGUGUACAAAUUUGGCUUUUUUACACUACAGCUAAUAUUCCAAACCUCUGCGGGUCUCUGGAUCUUGGCAGAAACAUUAACAUCAUUAAGAUAGAAGAACCCUUUUAGUCCCUUGAAAAGAAGCUACUGGGGCAUACAUCAAGGACUGGUGGAAAUGUGACUCCUGUCAAAACACACAGAAACCUGCUCCGUUUUUGAAACUCUUGUUUUUGUUUUGGGGGGGGGGCGCAAAGCUUUUAUCAGUCCGUUAUUGUGUCUGCUGUGACUCCAUGCCAAUGUUUCCCUUAUCUGUAAUGUCUCAUGGUAAGAAAAAGCAAUACUCUCCAGAUUGUAUUUGUACUUCAAAGCACACUUUAUAUUUUCAACAACGUCCCAAGGCUGAAUGAAGGAACUUUCUCUCAAGGAUUCAAAGUAUGCAUGGACAUUGACACAGACCGACCUCGGAGCAUUUGUGCCUCUUCACAUGGACUUCAGCAUGAUGGCAGGCAUCAUAACCUCAGGUUUAACUCUGGCUUGAAGACUUAUCCUUCAGCUGCUCCUUAAUAUUCAAAGACCAAAAAAACACAUCAAUCUCAGCACACAGGAAGGAUGCUGUUGAACUUCAUAUACAAUUUGAAUGACAUUUCCAGGGAGGUAAACUGUUUGUAGCCCGUGUUUUAAUUGUGUUGUCACUAUGUGUAGGUCCUAGCAUCAUAGAAAGGCACAAAGUGGAUUAAAAGCACAGUCUAUGGCAACAAGGAGACUUGAUACAUGUUGUGUGAAGUGUGGUGUGACUACAUGUGAUGUGUGAGUAACAGAAGUCCUGCCAUUAUAGUGGCAGAGGUUUGCUGUCAUGAGGACUUAAAGGUGCAGUGUGUUGUAAUUGGCAGCAUUUAGCAAAAGAGACAUGGUAGAAAUGUACUUUUAAGGUAUGUUUUAAUUAAUGUGUAAUCAUCUUUAAAGAAAGUUUUUAACUUAGAAUGAGCCUUUAUAUCAACAUAGGAGCAGGUGAGCGAGGACAAUUCCGUCUAGAAUCUGACUGCUAUUUACUGCUAAUUAUUCUGCGCACUGUAUCUUUAAAUAAGGGUCAGGAUGUCUCAAUUUAAACCUGGCUGUGAAGGCCAGAAACAUGAAAACGCUAGUUAUAUGGGCUUUAGGCCUUGUGUCAUAUCAGAGAAUUAUUUGUAGUCAAUCAUAUUUAUUUCCCUUAUCACAAUCCAAAGAUUUUUUUAAUGUUCUGACAUUCAGCAACUCCAUUCUUUGUCAGUGUCUUCUUGUAAAAACAGGUUGGUGAUAGCUUUUUUUUUUUUAUUACUCUAAGAUCAUUUUUGGUCUUGGACUUGUUUUCAUCUUUUAAGUGUCUAGGCUUUAUGUGUGUGAGGUGCUUCCAUUUGGUGAUUUGUCUUUGGCCGUUUAGGGGACUAAAAACUUUGGAGAAUGAGUUCUGUAGCUGUGAUGAGUGUCAUGAUCGUACCUUUGAAAAAUCCCAUUUUCAACUUCAACAUAUGCCGUGUAUGUACCAUUGACUUUACAGUUGCACUAUAUAAUGUUUGUAUCUUCCAUCCGUAUCAUUUUUAAUGCUUUAAAGCUUUACCACUGGGGUAAAAACAUCUCCACGUUAAUGAAUAUUUAUCAUACAGCAGGUAUAAGUCUAUAUUCUUUGUCGGCUUGAUUUGCAGCAUUUCCCAUGAUGGUCACCUAUGAAAUCAUUGCAGGCCUGAAGUCUAAUCACUUGUACAUUUUUGUUGUCAUAAGAUCGUGCAAAGAUUAAUAGCCUCUAAACAGCUAUAUGUUUUGGAUUCUUCAUCGUGCCUAUUUGAUUGAAGAUGUGAACAUUCCUGAGAUCUUUCACCAUAUGGAUGUCUUUCUGGUUUGAUCAGUGUUGUGUAUGCACAUUGUAGGUUUAAUGAUGUUGUUAAAGUGGGGCUAUGUUUAAAACAGAACUCGGUUACUCUCUGAAUAUACUGUCAAUAGGUUUUAAACAAUAAAGGUCUUUUUUUAUUAUA